UAGUCUUAUUUAUGAUUUUGAGCGUAGAGUGCUUUGAAUCAUCUGCAUGCACUGUGUAUAGGUCUAUUUCUGUCGCAGUUCAAUGUGCCUUCCCGUGAUUUUUACUACAAGCGUGUACUUGUGAUUCUUUCCGGAUGACGUAGUAACCCUAUAGAUAGCGGUAUUCGAAGGAGUCGGUGACGCUGGUUUUAAAAAGCUUCCUUUAUGGUUCCUCGAGAACAUCCUCAUUUGAACUGUCGUCUUGUCCGAUCGUUGAAGCUUCUAAAAUAUUAUCAAGAGAAUGCAGCUUAUUUGGCUCAGCUGUUUGGUGUUUCUCUGGUCAUCGGUCGCAGGAGAACAAGACUUGAUGUGUGAUCCUGAUGGAUGCUGUACGGAGGAAAAGCUGGGCUGUGGAGAUUGUGAUGAAGUUAUUAACGAAUUUGGGCAAGUACACUGUGAGUGCUGGACAUGUCAACCAGGAAUUUGCCAUGAUUAUUUAGUGAAAAAUGGCAAUGAUAAUAUGUUCUCAUCUUCAUCCAAUACAUUUGGAAUGGAGGCUGAAAAUGCCAGGCUAGUGACGGAAGAGAACUCUCCUGAUGAAUGGCUAUAUUUCUUCGGCUGGCAGCCCGAAGAAAACGAUACAUCCCCGUGGUUGCAGGUAGAUUUGACGAAGAAGCAUCACAUAUCAGGAAUAGAGACUCGAGGCAAUCCGUUCGGAGAUGAGUUUGUGUCAGCUUAUAAAGUGAUGGUUAGCAUGGAUAAUACGCAUUGGCGCAGCGUUGGUGGUCCUGAAUAUGACGACGGGCUAUUCGUUGGAAACUCUGAUGGGAAUUCAUCAACAACCAACUACUUUGAUUCGCCGGUGUUUGUACGUUCUCUACGCGUGUAUCCAUUAGCAUGGGAAAGCCAGAUAGUCCUACGUCUAGAUUUACUAGGAUGCUUGACAAUGCCGACAAUUACGACGACAAAGGAGCCAACAGAUGUAAACAAUAUCAACAUUUCUGUUUACCUAAUCGGUGGGAUCUGCUUUACGCUAUUGUUGGCUCUCAUUAUGGUUGUUUGCUUAAUCAAUACGCCAAGACGUCGUAAAGUCAUUAUAAACCAAGACAGUCCGAACUCAUUUGUGGCUACCCCGCCUGGUUCAAUUGCAAGCUCGCCGACGUCGGCCUCAUCCGGUGAUACGUCUUUUCCUAAUCCCGCAUUCGCUACCAGUCAGAAGUCUCUAUUACCGAAUGAGGGCAGCAGACAGCGCUGUGAAUCAAAUCCAUACAUUCAAGUAUCUUUCCUAAAAAACAAUGAAAAUCCAGCAAUGAAAAAAUGUUUACAACAAACUGAAAUCAGAUAAAUAAUAUGCCAUAAAAUACGUGUUUAUUUUUGGCAGCAUGAAUUGUUAUUUUUUUUUUCAUUUUUAUAUUUUUCAUUGUAUAUUAUUAUUAUCGUUAUUGUUUAUUAUUAAAUACAUGUAGACUGAAUCGGCGGCUCGGGUCACGUGACUUAUAGUAGGUAUUAGGGUUUGUUUACAUUUAUCGAGAUCGCGAGACGAUAGUGCAUUGAAUAUGGCUUCGCCUUGUUGAUGCAAGUCACAUCAUAGAUGUUGCAAAUGUUGUUUGGAAUGCGAGUUAUAAUUUGGUAAAUCACUUAGAAGUGUUCCAAAAUUAAAUUUUCAAACACUUAUCAAUUUGGUUUGGUAAGGAUCCAAUGGAUAGUGGGAAUAAAGCCUGGAUUUUUUUCAAGGAAAGGCACGUACCUUCACGACGUGCAUAUUUGCUCCAGUGAGUCAACGCCGGCUGAGGUACGUUGUAGGCCUAGGCCUACGUCAAGAAUAUUAUUCAUGGCAAAUGAAAAAAAAAACAAAAACAAAAAAAAAAACGAAUUUUCCCAUUUGUUACAAGAAUAUUAUGUUACAGUUAUUCUAAAUCCAAAAUUAAAUCAUAGGAUGUUUAUAGUUACUGCUGAGGAUAAUGAUCUCAUCAUAUGAUAUAUUAUUAUUACGUACUGGCAUUAGGAUGUAGCCCUACCAUACCAACCAGGCCUAUUAUCACCUGUUUCACAAGUUUGGUUGAGCAAUCAGUACCGUUAAUGUUUAUUUUCUGCUUUAUUACCUACAGUACCCGACUACAGAGAUAUAUAAUCGAAGCAUAACAACUCCCACCCUGCUCCGGGCCCUGGUCGAGGCUUAACACUCACAGUGCAGCCUAGGCCUAUACAUAAUAUGUAACCUACCGUACACUAGCAGCAUUCCAAAGCCUAAAUAAAGUGCACGGAGAUUGUCAAUGUAAUUAUAAUUCACUAUUUACAAAAAAAAA